UCGUGAAUCAGUCGUGUGGCCAUCGCAGUUGAAUCGUUGUCUCAUUAAUGAAUCCUCGGACUUCCACGAGUCUCUCGUGAGCUCGCGUUCGCUCGUGUGUGCAAGUGUCGGUGGGUGUUUUUUCUUCGCUGCUGCUUUUUUCUCCCAACGCGCGAUCCUGCUCGCGUUGCCUUCGCUCGAAUAUCGCGGAAAACGCUCUGCGAUAGGGGAUUUCGUUGCUCUCUCGAUCGCUAACUUUUUUAUUCAACUGCGAAGUUCGUUCCGCUCGGCGAAUCUUUGUUUUGGGAAGCGGCACAUCGGAACUCGGGGAAAUUCGACUGGACACGCUCCCGCAGACUUUGGCGAGGGGACGUCGAAGCACGAGAAUGUUACCAUUCGCUGCACUGCUGCUCGGCCUGCUCGUCCAGGCCAACGGGCAAAUAAUAUUCCCCGAUGAGUGGGCCGCGCGUUUGAAGGCCAUCGCGCUCGAAGAUCAGAGGCGGCAAAACGCGUCGUUCCAGAUCGCGUCGAGACCACCGGCCAGUUCCUCUCUUGGUUUUGCGCCCAGCUACGACGACGCCGGGGACGGCACGUUUUAUCCGCCCCCUGCGGAAUCUUCGGCCGCCUUUCCUGCAGCAGCUCCAACGAGACGACCCGAAGGUUCCCAAGUGCUGGGUAGCGAUCCUGAGGCUCAAUACUGGAGCAGCCAUGUAAACCAGAUUUUAUCACACGGUAUAACGAAAUUCGCGCUGGACAUGGACCGCGCGAUUUACCGGUCGGUGGAGCCCCAGGCCGUCGACGAGAGGUCGAACGUCGUCUUUUCGCCGCUGAGUAUAGUGAGCACCCUGGCGAUGGUUCUUCUCGGAUCAGCGGGUGUGACGUUUCAGCAAGUUUCGAAGAUCCUCGGUCUCGAGUCCGGGGUCGAUAUAUCGGCACACUCGGAGCUGGCGCACGUGAUGCUGGGCAGCGCGUUCAAGAGCAUCCUGACGAGGCGCGAGGCUCGCAGUCCCGAAGUCACCAUGGCCAGCGGCAUGUUCGUCCAGAACGGUUUUCCCAUCCGGUCGGAGUUCGAGGAGAUCAGCCGCGAGGUUUACAACAACGAGAUCGUCAACCUCGACUUCCUGCAGAAGACGCGGGAAGCCACGGACACCAUCAACGACUGGGUGCGCUCGAGAACUCACGGGAAAAUCGCGACGAUCCUGGACGAGCCUGCCGACCCGUACACCAAACUCAUCAUCGCCUCGGCACUCUACUUCAGCGGUGAAUGGAAUCAGUACUUCUUCCCGAAGUCGACCGCGAGAAAACCAUUCUCCGUCACCCCUGACAAGAGCGUCAACGUCGACAUGAUGUACAAUGGCGGAGACUUUCUUUUCUACGAGGACAAAACCUUGAGAGCGAAGAUCAUUGGGUUGCCUUACAAAGGCACUGCAGCGAACGACCCGUCGAGGCCCGAGGCGAUGAUGUACGUCGUCUUGCCGACCGCGAAGGACGCGGAGGCUGUCAGGCGACUGGAGGAGAGCCUGACGCCGGAGAAUCUCGAGAACAUGAUCAACCAGAUGACGGAGGAAGUGUGCGUUUUUGCCCUGCCGAAAAUGAAGCUCUCGAGCACUCUGAAUUUGAACAGGGCUCUUCGAUCGCUCGGACUGACCUCGCUCUUCGAGCCGAGGACUUCGAACCUCGGGGUUUUGUCCCAAGGCUACAACGAGACAGCGACGACCGGAGGACCGACGAUAGUCUCGAGGCUCGGCGAGGACGAGGACGACGCGACGACGUCGGCCCCGAGGAACACCCGGCAACCGGUGGAGCCGAGGAACAGAAAGAAUUACUUCACUUUCACGGACGAGGAGCGUCGGUACAACGUCCAGCAGUGGGAUUCCGGAGUAAUAAUCGAGCAAAUAUCGCAAAGUUUCCAUCGGAAAAGGUCAGCGGACGAGGAGCCGCGGAACGAAACGAGCGAGCCGAAGCACAACGUCCCUUACGAGAUCUCCCUCGAAUCGGAAAGCAACAAGACCAAGCUGAGAUUCGUUGAGAUCGGAGAUGACAAGUACAGAUUCGACCAGGCCCGCCGGUCGAAACGUCAGGUUCGUCCGAUUGAUCAAGAUUACGUCAACUUCAUCAAGUCCCGAAACAACCUUCCCAACUACGGCCUCGACGCUCUGAGGAACAACCCGAACCUCGUUAAUCCCGGACUCUUUGCGACGGACGUAUUCCACAAGGUCGAAAUGGACGUCACCGAGACCGGGACUCAAGCCGCCGCGGCGACCAGCGUCUCCAUCCAGCGGGGCGGCGAUAUCAAACGAUUGCUCGCAAACCGGCCUUUCUUGUUCUUCAUCAGACACGAAUCCACGAAAAUCAUCAUGUUCUGGGGCACCGUCAACAAACCAACGCCCUUUUACUAAUUUUUUAUACUUUUCUCGUCUCCGUGCGUCUCAGUGUGCCUGCGUGCGCGAGUGCUCUUUUCUUUAUACUUUUCUGACGCUCCUUAAUAUUCCGAUGGAAUCCACCUCGCGACCCUCGCAACGGAAUAUUUAACUUUUCCGUGCGCCGAUUACUGAACUUAUUCUUUCUCUUUGUGCACCAAACUAUUGUCACUCUCGAGCUCGCAACUCCCCUUCGGGUUAUCUCCUUUGUGCUAUCGCGUCCGAGUCUUCACGUCGGUCGAGUUCAAUUUGCCGAGGAUUAAGAAAAAUACGGUGACCACGAUCCAACGAAUUUCGCUCGAUGACUUCAAGUUUCUAAUCCCACGCGCACUCUCGCCUCGCUUUCGCACCGCCCCUGUGACGAGGCGACCGAGUUUUUGGGCGCAGACCUUAUUUCGACGCGUUUGUCGAUAUUUUUUGGACGAGGGCGAUUCGCAAGCGUAGAGAAAGCCGUGGAAAAUUGGGCGAAGCGGGACCGAAAGAUCGAGGCUCGCUCAAGUUCAGCAAAAUUUAUCAAACCAAUUAUUUAUCUCGGCUCUUCCGAAGCUUCGGACACGCGUCGUCAUUGAAGCUUUCGUGGCUUCGUCAUCGAUCGGAAAAACCCAAAGAUAUUCGUCCGCAUCUUUGACCUCGUUUUGCAAUUAGAAAAUGUCGCUUUGUCACAACUGCGCCUCGAGAUAUCGACGUCGCAGAAGCCACCCGUCAAUCUCGGCGUCUCCGAUUGGCCUCGUCGUUUUCAAGGUUUUCGGUUAGAAACGACUCCGCUGCGGCCGCCUUAACGAACGACUUUCCAAGUGCGACAUCUCCAAGAACCACUUUUCCUGACAAUUAACAACAUUCCGACACUAUUUUCGUUCGAUUAUGCUCGUGAAACGUCGCUUUUUGUUUUCACUUUUUUCCACUAAGAUCGAUAAACGAAGAGAAACAUUUCCACGAAGGAAUAUUGAGCGUUUUUCUCUUUGUGGAAGGUCGUGAACUUUCAUCGCGGAACUACAGCACAUCGAUGGAGAGUUAUGCAACGUGAAAAAAUGCGCAACCGUACCAAAUAUCGCUUAUUCGACAAUAUUGUUAAUAUUUAUUACCCUGAGGCCAUACUUGAUCUGCAGUAUUGAUAAACAUUGUUGUUCAAACACUUUUUUUCUCUUACAACUAAACGAAAUGAAUUUUCCAUGUAGCUCAAUGUAAUAUUUGCUUUAUCGAGGGUUACUCUGUGCAACGAAAACGACGAACGAACUUAAAAUCCCAGCAAUUUGCGGAUACGAAAGAUGCUUCUCGAUGUUGUUUUAGCCUGGGACGACGACCUCGGGGAUCCGGAGGUUCGAGUCCGAAAUUACAGUCGACCGAGGAUGUAGGGCCCUCGUUAUAUUUUUGUGUUUCCACUCGAGUGUAUUUAGCAUAAAAUGUGAAAUAAUUGAGAGAUAUUAGAAGAUGUUUUGUGCGAGAAAAGGA